AUGAUCCCAAAAUGGGCCAAGCUCCCGCGGGACCUGCAGUGUGCGCAGGUGCAGACGGUGGGGCCGGAGCAGUGCGCCCGCGCCUACGGCAGCGCCAUCACCCCCAACAUGUUCUGCGCAGGUGUGCCCCAGGGCGGCGUCGACUCCUGCCAGGGUGACUCCGGGGGUCCGUUGGUGUGCGGGGGUUUCCUGCAGGGCGUGGUCUCCUGGGGCAUGGCCGUGUGCGGCCAGCGCGGCCACCCCGGGGUGUACGGCAACGUCUGCAGAGUGACCACCUGGAUCCAGCGAGUGACCCGUGAGUGACCACUGAGUGACCACUGAGUGACCACUGACCACACUGACCACACUGACCACACUGCGGCCACCCCGGGGUGUACGGCAACGUCUGCAGAGUGACCACCUGGAUCCAGCGAGUGACCCGUGAGUGACCACUGAGUGACCACUGAGUGACCACUGACCACACUGACCACACUGACCACACUGACCACACUGACCACACUGCGGCCACCCCGGGGUGUACGGCAACGUCUGCAGAGUGACCACCUGGAUCCAGCGAGUGACCCGUGAGUGACCACUGAGUGACCACUGAGUGACCACUGACCACACUGACCACACUGACCACACUGACCACACUGACCACACUGCGGCCACCCCGGGGUGUACGGCAACGUCUGCAGAGUGACCACCUGGAUCCAGCGAGUGACCCGUGAGUGACCACUGAGUGACCACUGAGUGACCACUGAGUGACCACUGACCACUGAGUGACCACUGAGUGACCACUGAGUGACCCUGAGUGACCACUGAGUGACCACUGAGUGACCCUGAGUGACCACUGAGUGACCACUGAGUGACCACUGAGUGACCCUGAGUGACCACUGAGUGACCCUGAGUGAC